GAACCUGUGACGUGGCUGAAAACGAGGAUUAACAUUACAGGCAUGAAUGGUGAUACGGUCAAUUAAAUGUUGUGCACAUUCACAGAUAAGCAACCACAAGAUUUUCAAAGAACCCAUCAACACUAUGCUCAAAUUUCCACCUCCUUCUCUCCGAUCUCCUUCGUCAUCUCCAUUUCUCUCAUCUUCCUCUUCUCUUUCCCUCCGCACAAUCAAUAUGAUUUUCCAUGGGAGAAAUACAAAUCAUUUUUCCAGCAUCUCAGCGUCGACCGAUCAUCAUGGCCCUCCACAAGAUUCUUCCUUUCCGCUUUAGUUGAUAUUUUGCAGGGAGGGGAAUCUUUCUUCAGGAAUACAUUGUCAGCUAUGGAGAAUGUUUAUCUAGAGAGGAAUCCAACAGCUAAAAGAAUCUUGGAUCUUGUUCAUUCAUAUGAAAAGGAUCAUAUUUGUUAUGAUCACUUUGCUUUUCGCACCUUCGGGGUGAAUGACCAUGGGAUUGAUUCCAUAGCUAGAUUCUUUAUGGAUUUUGGUUAUGUGCAAAGGGAUGAGUUGAGCUUCCCAGCAAAGAAGCUGAAAGCCUAUUGGUUUUCGCCUCCCUCUGAGGUUCGUGCUGGUGCUGGCGCAGGCGUUAAUGGCCCGUUGCCACGGAUAUUUAUAUCACAACUUCUUGUUGAUCAAAUGACCUCAGAAGCUCAGAAAAUCAUCAAAAAAUACACUGCAAUGUCUGGGAAUGGAUAUAUGCAUUCUGCUUUGGCCAGUGCACUGGGAUGUUUGACAUGGGAAACACCCUCAUUCUCCGAGUUCCAACAGUUGGCCCGGGAAAGUGAGUAUGCUGCAUGGACCCUUGUCAAUGGGUACGCGUUGAAUCAUGUCACUGUUUCUGCUCAUCGCCUCAAAUCAAAUUUACGGAAGAUCGAUAAUCUUAAUAAGUUCAUUGAGGAGAAUGGUUUCAGAUUGAACUCUGAAGGAGGCAUUCUCAAGGUGAGCCCUGAUGGUCUUUUGCUACAAAGCUCAACCGUGGCAGAUUCGUCUUCUUUCCACUUCUCUGAAGGAAUCACGGAAUCAAUACCACGCUGUUAUAUUGAAUUUGCUGAACGCCUCGUGCUUCCUCAGUUCAAAAAUGUAGCCGAGGACAAGGUUGAAGAGUUCCACAGACGAGAUGGUUUUGAGGUUGGGAACGCAGAUAAGAUAUUCGAGAGCACAUCUAAGGAUCAGCUUAGCAGGCAGGCUGCGUGAGGCACGAGACAACAGUGUGUACGAGGAAACUAUUAGAUAUGAUCCUAGCUCAUCUAUAUUAGUAUGGAUAACAUUUCCCCUUAUAAGGCCUUUUAAGGGGUGAGUGCUCAUUUCUAAUAGAAAUACUAUACUGUCUGAAUCUUUGCAGAAAGCAAGGUUGUGAAAUGUCAGUGUUAGCAGUUACCCUUGUCUAGAUGUUGAUGGAUUCAGUGACUUUGGAUUGUAUCCAUUUCUUCUUUAUUACAAUUUAUUUUUUCUGAA